UGCUGUGGUUUAGAGAACCAAAUCUGCUCUUCUGCAUUUUGGCUGGGGCUCAGGCAGGCUUUGUGAAGGAGGAGUUAAUCAUUGAUAGGCAAACUGGCACGGGUCUGGUCCCUGCAGAGCAUGCAGGUGGCUAUGUGUAGCCAUUUCUGAGCGUGUGGGUGGAUCAGAACCCCUCCUUCAGCACAGCAGGGCUGUGUCAGUGCCUUUGGAUGCACCCAUCGCUGCCUGCAGAGCCCAGAUAUUUGGCCUCGAAAAAGAAUGCUGUGACAUCUGCAACGUGGUCAGGAUGAUGAUGGUGCCAGCUGUGGUGUCAGUGGGACCAAGGGGCCGUGCUGCCAUCCUGGUGCUGCUCCUCACUGCUGCCCUGGUGGUGGGCACCCAGGGUGCUUGCGGUGCUCCGCCACGGUUCUCAUUUGCAGAACUGAAGGAGGACUACCUGCACAACAGGACGUUUUCCACCUCUGAAGUGGUGGAAUACAGAUGUCGGCCAGGCUACGUGAGGAAUUACAGAGCCCGGAACACUUACAUCUGUGAAAAGAACAGCUGGAAAGGAUUGAACAACUUCUGCUUACCAAAGCCCUGCAGUUACCCUGGAGAGCCAACCAAUGGCAGGCUUGUGGAAGUACAGCAGUUCACCUUUGGGUCCACAGCAAACUACAGCUGUGACACUGGGUACAGACUGGUUGGAAAUUCCCAGAUUAGGUGUGUGAUUAAAAAUGGGCAUGUUACUUGGGAUGGAAAUCCUCCCAUCUGUGAACCAAUUCCAUGUUUGCCCCCUCCAAAAAUAGCGAAUGGAGAUCACAACGGAGGUGACGUCGCGCUCUUCACUUACGGAGCUUCUGUCACCUACCACUGCCACACUGACAGCAGGGGGAGGAAGCAGUUCUCCAUGGUGGGGGAUGCCUCUAUUUUCUGUACAACCAAUGACAACGUGAAUGGUGUCUGGAACAAGCCAGCCCCGGAGUGCAAAGUGGUGAGCUGCAGGGAGCCCCAGGUGGAGCACGGCAGGCUGCAGAGCAGGUACAGAGCUGAGUACGCCUAUGGUGACACCGUCAUCUUCGACUGUGAAUUCCGUUACGUGCUGCUGGGCAGUGACACAGCCAUGUGCCAGGAGGAUGGCAGCUGGGAUCCACCACUACCGCAAUGCCAGCGCAGCAGCUGUGAUGACCCUCCUGAUGUGCAGAAUGCUGUUAAAGCAAGACUUGCAGGCAAUUUAUUUCCCAUUGAGACUGUCAUCACUUAUGAGUGCCAGACGGGCUAUGAGUUCAGCCCUGGAGUGGUGAUGCAAAACAUCAGUUGUCUGCCAGACUAUACAUGGACUGAAACUCCACCACCCUGUGGAAGAAUUAGUUGCCCAAAUCCAGCUACCAAGAGGGGAAUGCACAUAAGCUCCUGGGACAAAAAAGACACGUAUGUGUUGGGAGACAGAGUCCGAAUUAUCUGUGACCCUGGCUAUGUUUUCAAGGACAGUGAUGAUUAUGUUGUGCUUCAGUGUACAAAUGAUGGCACGUGGAACCGGGCAGCACCAGAGUGCAUUCCAGAACCUCAUUGCCCAGAGCCUAUCAUUGACCACGGAAGAGAGGUUUAUAAAAGCAAAAAUGAUUACACAGUUGGGACUCAAGUAAGGAUAGAGUGUGAUGAAGGCUACGUGAUCAGUAUCCAAGAGUCGAUCACGUGCCAGGCUGAUGGGAACUGGUUUCCCAAAUUACCCUACUGCCAGCAAGCCUGCGGCCCUCCCCCACGAAUCACCCACGGGCUGGACAUCAACCCAACAUCAUCAUUCUUCCCCUAUGGCUACAGAAUGAAAUACAGUUGUGCUGCGGGGCUGUCCCUCAUUGGGGAUGAAUCCAUCUACUGCACCUCUGAAGAUGGAGUGAACCUGGAUUGGAGCGGCCCUGCCCCAGCGUGCAGGGUGGUUCGCUGCCCCAAGCCUGUGGUUGAGAAUGGAGAGAUGGUUACACCACAGCACACAUUCUCCUAUGGGACAUCCGUGAGCUUCUACUGCAAGAAAGGCUUUACACUGCAUGGCAAUGCUGAGAGCCGCUGCGUGGCUGAUGGCAGCUGGCAGCCAGCCCUACCCAAAUGCCAGCCAGUCAAGUGUCGUGCACCAAAGAGCAAGGAGAACCUACAGAUUUUCUCUGACAGGGAAGAGUACGAGUUUAAUGAAACCCUGUACUUCUCCUGCAAGCAGAGCAGCAAUCCGGCAGAGAUGUCAUUAACCACCUGCUCUGCUGGUGGCUCUUGGAUGCCACCACCCAACUGUAAAACACUUCAUGCGUGCAAGAAGAUUCGUCAAAUCCGGGAAACUUUUGAGUGCGGAAUUCCUCUGGCAGAACUGAGAACUUUGCUGGAAGUACAGAAACUCUACCUGGAGAUCCAGAAGCUGGAGAAGGAUCUGGGAGCCAGAGGAGGCCACUUUUGCAGUCCUGUGGCACGGCUGCUGCUCGCCAUGCAGCUGCUCCUGCACUGGAUGGGGCCGUUGCUGGCACUGCUGGUGCUGCAGCCAGCGGGGAGCCUGGAGGUGCAGUGCCCGGUCCCAAUGAUUCCUCAUGGGUGGCUGAAUCCUGCAGAGAAGAACCUCAGUGCUGGGAGUACAGCCACGCUUGAAUGUGAAGCUGGCUACGUCCCUGUGGGCAGCAGCAGCGUGAGGUGUCUGAGCAGUGGCAGAUUGCAGCCACGGACACCAGCAUGCAUCCGAGGUCGUUGUCCUUCCCCUCCUGCUGUUGACUACGCCGACCGCAGACCUCCAUACGAGUUCCUGGUGGGUUCCACCAUCACCUACUUCUGCAGACAUGGAUACACGUUGAUCCCCGGCGUAUCUCCAACAACAACUUGUCUCAAAAAUUUCACCUGGUCUGCGAUCCCAGCGCUUUGCCAGAUGGUGCAGUGCCCAAGCCCAGCCAUCAUCAACGGGAGGGAGACGAGCGCAAAGCAAGAGAAGUACAGCGUUGGGCAGCAGGUGGAGUUUCAAUGCAACCCAGGCUAUGUGCUGUGGGGCAGCCAGAGGACUCAAUGCUGGUCGGAUGGGACGUGGAAACCCCCGGUGCCGUACUGCGAUAAAGUCUGUACCCCCCCUCCACUGAUCACCAACGGGCAGCACACCGGCUUGAGAACAGAACUUUUUCCCUACGGUACUGAGGUGAAAUACAGCUGUGCUUCAGGGCUGUCCCUCAUUGGGGAUGAGUCCAUCUACUGCACCUCUGAAGAUGGGGUGAACCUGACAUGGAGCGGCCCUGCCCCAGAGUGCAGGGUGGUUCGCUGCCCCAGGCCCAUGGUUGCCCAGGGGAGGAUGGAUCUGUCAUGGCACACGUUCCCCUACGGGACGUCCGUGCGCUUCUCCUGCAAUGAGGGCUUUGUGCUGCACGGCGAUGCUGAGAGUCGCUGCACGGCUGAUGGCAGCUGGCAGCCAGCCCUGCCCAAAUGCCAGCCAGUUCUGUGUCCCAAACCACGAGUUGCCAAUGGAAAGCUGACAAGCACUGAUCAGACGUGGUACCCAAUAAACACAACGGUCACAUUUGUGUGCCACGAGGGAUACCAUCACUUCUCAGGUGAUGGAGAAGCCAUGUUAAAAGACUCUUGGACAGCCACGUGCUUGGCUGAUGGCAACUGGACACCACUGCCCAAGUGUAAGAAGGAAGGUGAUGCUGACGUGUGCGGAGAGGUUGCUUAUAUUCAGAGUGUCGUCUCUGACUGCCACGUGCCUACAGAAGAUGUGAAAACUCUGCUGGAAAUACAAAAACUCUUCCUGGAGAUUCAAAAACUGAAAGUGGAAUUGCAAGGACUGAGCAAGGAGGUCCUGGAGCACAUCCUGCAUUGUGCCUGUGGGCCCCCGCCUCCCAUGACCCACUCCCAGCCCUCCGGCGUCGAGCAGCUCAGCAGCUUCCCUGUGGGCUCCAGGGUGACCUACAUGUGUCUGCACGGUGCUAUCAGGAUCCCCGGGGCGCUGGACACGGUGCAGUGCCUGCCUGGCUCAUACUGGUCGGAGCUGCGCGAUCCCUGUGGCUUGAGCUGCGCUACCCCGACCUCAAUGCACUUUGCUGCCCUGUCCGAGGUGGAUGAGAUGAUCAAUUUCUAUCCUGUUGGGUUCACUGUGAGCUACGUCUGCCGCCCUGGUUAUGAGAACAUCUCAGAAGGCCAACCCACCAGCACCUGCCUUGAGAGCCUGACGUGGUCAGAGGUCCCGGAGUUAUGCCAGAUAAUCACUUGCUCUUCACCUCCUCGGAUCAGCAACGGGAGGCACGAUGGUGAAGGUGUAGAAAAGUUUGCUUACAACUCAACAGUGACCUACAGCUGUGACUCUGGCUUCCAACUCAUUGGGAAUGUGAGCAUCCGUUGUUCCCAGAGACGUGACCUCAAACCACCCAAGCAGACUUUCACAAUGGAAAUGAAAAUGAGCCUCUAUAAGAAGUCACUCCAAAACACCAACUCCUUCUCCUCCUCUUCUUCGUUCUCCAGGAAGCCAGAGAGCCGCCCAGCCUCAAGAGGGAGGAUGAAGGCAAAACGCCGCUGCCCCGAUUCCGAGGGCGGCUCCGCUUCUUUCGCUGCGGGCCGGGCGGGGCCGGGACUGGAGGAUUUCCCCAAAUGCCCGCUGGCCGCGAUGGGCUCCGCUCCGUCCCGCUCGCUGCUGCUGUCCCUGCUGUCGCUGUUGCCCGCGGUGUGCGGUGACUGUGGGCCGCUGCCCAAGCUCAGCAGGGCAGAACCCCCCGAGGACGUCCGGCACAAGGACAGCUUCCCUGUGGGCUCCCAAGUAACGUACAGAUGCCUCCAGAAUUUAUCGAAAAUCCCAUCGCGGUUGGAUACAAUAAAAUGCCUUAGUAACUCCCUAUGGUCCAACCUGCAGGAGUUCUGUGACCGCAGCUGCCAGAGCCCUCCCCACGUGGCUUUUGCCAAACUAUCAGAAGAAGAUGAGAUGAAGAAUUUUUAUGCUGUUGGGAUCACUGUGAGCUACGACUGCAGCCCAGGCUAUGAGAACAGCACUGCUGAACUCCCCAGCAGCACCUGCCGUGAGAAUUCAACGUGGUCAGAAGUUGCUGAGCUGUGUCACACUUCUCCCUCUGCAACUGGCACUACAGCAGUGACAAACUCAACCCCUCAUUUGGAAGAGAAGGCAUCAGAGAGCCGCUACAUCCUACGAGCUGCUGUGCUCAUUGCUUGGAGCAUCAAGAAGUGCAGUGAGAGGAAAAAGACUGGGCGAAACCUUCGCGCAUCGCGGGGCUCGGCGUGGGGAGGAGGCGACCGCGUGGGUGCGGAUGUGUGUGCGUGUGUGCUGGGCCCGGCUCCUCAUUUUCCUACGGAGGCGGAAGGAUGCCGUGUUACAGCACGACCGGCGGCUGGCGCUGGUGCAGCCUCCGAUCGCUCCGGAAAAGGUCGUGAGGAGCUGAGCAGUGCUGAGCGGAGCCGGGCUGUAAGGAGCCAGGCUGUAAGGAGCCGGGCUGCUCGCAGCAUCGCCGCACAACCGUCGGAGCAUCCAAGGAUGGCCGUGGGAACGGCGUUGCUGUGGCUCGGCGCUGCGCUGCUGGCGCUGCCCGGAGCGUGCGGUGAUUGCCCGGAACCGCCGAGGUUCGUUUUUGCGGAGCCCCCCGGUCCUACCAACGCUUCGUACCCCGUUGGGGAGGUGCUGAGGUACCGCUGCCGCCCGGGGUACGCGAGAGACGUGAGCAAGUCCAACCGCGUCACCUGCCUGCCCAACUCCACCUGGGCGUCAGAAGCCGACUUCUGCAUCGGAAAGUCGUGUGAACUGCCAGAAAUACCGAAUGGUGGCUUUCACUUCAGCACCAACCUCCAGUUUGGAGCUACGAUAAACUUCACCUGCAGGGCUGGGUACCGUUUAGUUGGGAAUCCGACCGCGCAAUGCAUUCUGAGUGGCAGUGGUGUCACUUGGGAUCACGUUCCACACUGUGAAGUUAUUCCCUGUCAGCCACCUCCUGCCAUUGAGAAUGGACAGUUCAGUGGUGUGCACACAGAUUACACCUUUGGGGUAGCUGUAACCUACAGCUGCAAAAAUGGGUUUUCUCUCAUUGGAAAUGCCACAAUUCACUGUACAGCAGAUGAUAACCUCAAUGGGAGAUGGAGUGGUCCAGCCCCGGAAUGCAAAGUGGUGAGAUGUGAAAAGCCAGAAGUGGAAAAUGGGAAGAAUUUAAACAGCUUUGCCACUGAGUACACGUAUGGAGAACAAGUGAGCUUUGAGUGUGCUCCUGGGCACGCUUUGAGCGGCGCUCAGACAGUUACCUGUGAUGCAGACGGUGCCUGGAAGCCACCUCUGCCAACGUGUGACCCACGAUACUGUGGCCCUCCUCCCAACAUCCCUUCUGCUGAGUUAACAGGGGCUGCAAACAGCAGCUCCUUGGCUGGAACGAAGCUGACAUACCGGUGUCAGCCAGGUUUCACCACAAAGAAUGGGAAGUCCCUGGAAGUCACCUGUCUGCUGGAUGCCACCUGGUCUGCAGGCUCUGCGCUGUGCACACGUCAGCAAUGCGCUGCUCCCACAAUACAGAACGGGAUUGUGAAUGAGGACAGUUUCCUGUUUGGGGCAACUGUGACCUUCUCCUGCAAUGCUGAGUAUGAAUUAAAGGGAUCAUCUUCUGCCAAAUGUGUGGCAGUGGGAAAUGGAGUUGAAUGGGACGUGGAUCUCCCAUCCUGUGAAAGACGGCGCUCUGAUAUUCUCUGUGAACAGCCCCCCAGCAUCAGCAAUGGGGUUCACAAUGGCACAGAGGUCACAGCCUUCCCCCAGGGCUCCGUUGUGGUUUAUUCCUGCAAUGAUGGCUUCAUCCUGGUUGGAGGCAGCACCAUUCAGUGCCUAGCGAAGGCUCAGGAUCGUGGAGUCUGGAGCACCCCCCCUCCUGAGUGCAGAGGUGAUUUUCUCCUGUGGCUGUCUUGCUAUGGAGCGAGCAGCAUCAUUGUUGGCAUGGGGAACCAGGACCCCCAUAUCUGCAUCGCUUCCCCUGGGAUCUGCAGUCAGCACUGGGACCAGAGCAUGGUGCUCACCUUCACCCUCAGCAUCCUGGGCUGCUCCGCUCUGCUCCUGGCUGCUGUGAGUGGGCAGCAAGUCAGACAGCACCGAUGCGCAGUGCCACACAUUGAGAAUGGGAGGAGCACUCCUUUUCGCUACAUCUACCGGCCCGGGAACUCAGUAAGAUUCACCUGCAACACGGGCUACACCUUGCAAGGCUCCUUCACGAAGGUGAUGUGUCCUCAGGCCCCGAACAUUGCCAAUGGGCGGCACAGCGGCCAAUCCACGAACAAAUUUCUCCCAGGAGCAAUUGUGUACUACAGCUGCAAGGAUGGCUUCGAGCUGCUGGGGAACGUCUCCAUCAGCUGCUCAGAAGUCGGGCGCUGGAGCCGGCCCCUGCCCCGCUGCCAAGCCAUCGGCUGCCAGAGUCCCACAGUGCACAACGGGAAGGUGCAGGCAUUGAAGGACACCUUUGAGGCUGGGGAGACGCUGCGGUUUGACUGCGAUGCUGGGUAUGCUGCAGAGGGCGGCCAUUGGGCUCGGUGCCAGCCUGGGGGGAACUGGGACCCACCGGUGCUCAGCUGUGAGCGGGUUCAGCCGUGCCCCAUGCCUCCAAAGAUCAGCAAUGGAGAUCAUGACGGCCAUGGCAGAGCAGAGUUCACCAUGGGGAUGUACGUGACGUACACUUGUAAUGUCGGCUACUACUUGGCUGGGAACGUUGAACGUGUCUUUUGCAAAGCAUCAGGGAAAUGGAGCCAGCCCAGCCCACACUGUGAAGAAGUGACGUGUCCUCAGCCCCCGAACAUCGCCAAUGGGCGGCACAGCAGCCUCUCCUCUGCCAGGUUCCCACACGGCACCGUUGUGUACUACAGCUGCAAGGAUGGCUUUGAGCUGCUGGGGAACGUCUCCAUCAGCUGCUCAGAAGUCGGGCGCUGGAGCCGGCCCCUGCCCCGCUGCCAAGCCAUCGGCUGCCAGAGUCCCACAGUGCACAACGGGAAGGUGCAGGCAUUGAAGGACACCUUUGAGGCUGGGGAGACGCUGCGGUUUGACUGCGAUGCUGGGUAUGCUGCAGAGGGCGGCCAUUGGGCUCGGUGCCAGCCUGGGGGGAACUGGGACCCACCGGUGCUCAGCUGUGAGCAGGUUCGCCCUUGCCCCAUGCCUCCAAAGAUCAGCAAUGGAGAUCACAACCGGCACGGUGAAGGCUUUUUCACCACGGGAAUGUCUGUGUCGUACACCUGUGAUCCCAGCUUCUACCUGGUUGGGAAUGCACAUGUGGUUUGCAGAGCAUCAGGGACCUGGAGCCAGCCCAGCCCACGCUGUGAAGCAACCGUCUGCUUAAAGCCAGAUAUACAGGAUGGGUGGGUAGUUGAUGAUCAUGGACUCAUCUAUGCACCGGGGCAAAUGGUGACGUUUCAGUGCCAGGAAGGCUACAGCUUGCGGGGCAGUGCCCAAGCCCUGUGCCAGAAGAACGGCAGCUGGGACCCCCCAGCGCCCCUCUGUGAUCCACUCCACAGCUCCGUGCUGCCCAGAAGGGCUGAGAGCUCAGGUGGCUGUGGGCUUCCCACCAGGCUGACCUUUGCUGAGCUCAAUGAGGAGCACAGAAAUGAGAUUGAUUUCUCUGUUGGGAAGACUGGAGAAGCCUACAGGGAGAUUCUCUCUCCUCCAGGGAAACAAUGCAAUCACCCCGGGGAACCCGAGAAUGGCCGGAUUACAGCCCUGGCAGACCUCUUCUUUGGGUCAAUAGUGGUCUACAGCUGUGAAGAAGGGCACAGGCUGAUCGGGAAGUCCAGCCGGCGAUGUGAGAUCCAUGGGGGACGCGUUGCAUGGUCCGGUGACAUUCCCACCUGCCAGCGUAUCCCCUGUGAGCCCCCCCCCAACAUUCCCCAUGGGAAGCACACAGGGCGGCUGCUGGAUGAGUUCCACUACGGCACCUCGGUCACCUACAGCUGCGAGCCCGGUUACCCAAUGCAUGGGAAUGCUUCCAUCUUCUGCACCACCCAAGAUGGGAAAAACGGGGUGUGGAGUGGACCCCCCCCACUGUGUGGAGAAGCAGGGUGCUCUGCCCCACAGAUCCAGAAUGGGAGGAUAGUGCCAGCUCCUCGGAGCACCUACACACACAAGGACAAUGUCACCUUCGAGUGCGAGCCAGGCUACGUCAUCCGUGGCCCCAGAGUGGUGCAGUGUCAGCAGAACAACACCUGGCAGCCCCCGGUGCCCAUCUGCGAGCAGGCUGGCUGCAGGGCACCCCCCAGGUUGGUGUUUGCUGAGCUGAAGGAGCCCUACAGGAACCAGACUGCCUUUCCUGUGGGUGGGACUGUGGAGUACAUGUGCCAGCCCGGCUAUGCCUGGCACGUGGGGAUGUCACCGACCAUCACGUGCCUUGGGAAUCAGAGCUGGUCUGUGGCACUGGAGUUCUGCAAAAGGAAGCAAUGUGCAAACCCUGAUGACCCACAGAAUGGCAGAGCCAUGGUCCUGACUGAUCUCCUCCUUGGGUCCAAAGUGAAUUACACGUGUGACGAGGGAUACAAGCUGGUCGGGCGUUCGCAGAGGACAUGCGAGGUGUCUGGCACACGCGUUGCAUGGAGCGGGGAUGCUCCCACCUGCCAUCGUAUUGUCUGUGACCCACCCCCAGACAUCCCACAUGGGACUCACAGUGGGGGAUCGAUGGAUGCCUUCCCCUACGCGGCCGUGGUCACCUACACGUGUGAGCCAGGCCGUGUUUUGGCUGGGACAGCCUCCAUCUUCUGCACCACGGUGGAUGGGGAGCGUGGUGCAUGGAGCGGGCUGCCGCCGCGCUGCGGAGAUAUGCAGUGUCCUCCCCCUCCAAGCAUCGCCAAUGGGAAGCACAGCAGCCAGCCCUCAGACACGUUCCUGCCUGGUGUGGCCGUUCAGUACAGCUGUAAGGAUGGCUAUUUGCUCACUGGGAAUGCAUCCAUCACCUGCACUGCUGCAGGAACCUGGAGCCAGCCCCGGCCACGCUGUGAAGUGCUGCAGUGUCCUUCCCCUCCAAAUAUCACACACGGUCAGUACAGCAGUGAGGAUGUGAAAAUGUUUGUCCCCGGAACCUCUGUGAGGUACAGAUGUGACCCUGGGUACGUCCUCACGGGGAAAACAGCAGUGACUUGUUUGACAUCUGGAAUGUGGAGCAUCCCUUACCCGCGGUGCGAAGUGGUCACCUGCAUGAGCCCUAGCAUUAAGCACGGAGAAGUGGCUGAAGGGCAGCAAGCUGUCUACCGGCCCGGGACCAUCAUCACCAUCCGGUGCCACCCAGGCUACGUGCUGCGGGGCAGCCAGGAGCCCAAGUGCCAUUCUGAUGGCCGCUGGGUCCCCUUUAUCCCCAGCUGCGAGCCAGCGCUGCCUUGCCCUCCACCACCCACCAUUGCCCAUGGCAUACACGAUGCCGAGCUCGGGACCAACUUCACCAGUGGAAUGUCUGUGAACUACAGCUGCCAGCCCGGCUUCUCCCUGCUUGGGGACCCCUCUGUCCAGUGCCUGGAAGGGAGCUGGAGCCUCCCGUACCCACGCUGUGCAGUUGGAUGUGGGACACCAACACUGUUACAGUUUGCUGAGCUAAACAAGGAGUAUAAGAAUUGGACUGAGUUUCCAGUUGGGACCACAGUGAAAUACACCUGCCAGCCAGGAUACGCCAGACAUUCACAGAUACCACCCACUAUUACAUGCCUUGAAAAUCAGACGUGGUCUGAAGCUAAGAAGUUUUGCAGACGGAGAAGGUGUGAUCAUCCAGGAGAACCAGAAAAUGGCAGAGUUAUUGUUACAACAGAUCUCCUCUUUGGAUCAACUGUGAAUUACACUUGCGAUGAAGGGUACAGGCUAGUUGGAGCUUCUCAGCGACACUGCGUGAUUUCAGGCUCCGGGAUGCGAGUGACGUGGACUGGGGUCGUUCCUGUCUGCCAGAGUAUCGUUUGUGACCCACCUCCCGACAUCCAGCAUGGAACACACAGCGGGCAUUUGAUGGAUGCCUUUCCCUAUGCAGCUGUGGUCACAUACAUGUGUGAGCCUGGCCACGUGCUGGCUGGGACAGCCACCAUCUUUUGCACCACAGUGGAUGGGGAGCGCGGUGCCUGGAGCGGACCAGCACCACACUGUGGAGGGCAGCUGUGUCCUUUCCCACCAGUGAUUGACCAUGGCCAGCAUGAUGGCAUGGACGUGGAGUUUAUCCCUGGAAUGUCUGUAAAUUACAGCUGUGACCCUGGCUAUUCUCUUACUGGAACAGCAGCUCUGUACUGCACUGGCAAUGCAAGCUGGAGCAGCCCUCAGCCCCGCUGUGAAGUGUUACAGUGUCCUUCGCCUCCAAAUAUUGACGGAGGCAAUCACGACAGCCAGGAUGUGGAAGUUUUCCUUCCUGGAAUGGCUGUGAACUACAGCUGUGAUCCUGGCUACAGCCUGCUGGGGGAGGCAUCCAUUUACUGCACCGAGUCUGGAAACUGGAGCCUGCCCGCUCCUCAGUGUGAAGGUAGCUGCGGUGUUCCUCCAAUACUCAGCUAUGCUGAGCUGGCCAAGGAGCACCAGAACACGACAGCCUUUCCUGUUGGGAGCACGGUGCGCUACGCCUGCCGCCCGGGAUUCAUGAGACACCCCACAGUGCAGCCAGUUCUGACGUGCCUCAAAAACCACACGUGGUCUGAUGUGCGAGCGUUCUGCAAAAGGAAAGAAUGCAAUUAUCCUGAAGCACCACAGAAUGGCAGAGUUGUUGUUCUGACAGAUCUCCUGUUCAGGUCCAUCGUGAACUACACAUGUGAAGAAGGGUACCGGCUGGUUGGUCAGUCCCUGCGGCGCUGUGAGCUUUCUGGAGCAGAUAUUGCAUGGAGUGGUGAUCCUCCCACUUGUCAGAAGGUGGUUUGUCCAGUGCCACAGAUCCAGAAUGGGAGAGUAUCCAUUCCCAAACAGCGCUACAGAUACAAGGAUACUGUCAGCUUUCAGUGCCACGAAGGGUUCGUGCUGAAAGGGCAUCCCACAGCCCAGUGCAAAGCUGACAAAACAUGGGAUCCUCCCGUGCCCGUCUGUGAGCAGGUGGUAAAGUGUCCAUCUCCCCCAAGCAUCAUCAAUGGGGAACACAGUAGACUCUCAGAUGCUUUUGGUGUAGGUGCAAUCGUGCAUUACCACUGCAAACCUGGCUUCUUUCUCAUUGGCAAUAAGUCCAUCCGCUGCACACCGCAUGGGGUCUGGAGCCGUCCCCUACCUCGGUGUGAGGCUGGCUGCGUGAGCCCAGGAGUUGGGCAUGGACAAGCUAUUGGAUCAGAAUCUCUCUACAUGCCUGGAGACAUCAUCACAAUUGAAUGCAACUCUGAUAAUAUCUCAGAAGUCCUCCACAAGUCCCAGUGCCAAUCUGGGGGCACAUGGUUUCCUCCACUCCCUGCCUGUGACCGAGGUGAGUGCAUCUCACCCAUCCUUACACCUGUCCCUUCUGACCUUGCACUAUUUGUAGCACAUGGCAGGAUGUUUAGGGGGCAAGAGGAAUCCUAUCAAGUCAGAUGCUGUAGGGUAAUGUGGGUGCAUGAGGUUGGGCAGUGGGCUCUGUGCAUUAGUGUCAGUGGUGUGGAGGUGGGCACACAGCCAUGCGCAGAUGCUUGGAGGUUCUCCUCUUGCCUCCAAGAGUGCUUUCUAAUCUGUACUUCUCUCUCCUUAGUGCUGCACUGUUCCAAGCCCCCAGAUAUUCUCCACGGGGGUCACAGUGGCCUGGGAAAAGCAGUUUUCCAACCUGGAACAUCUGUGAACUACAGCUGUGAGACUGGCUUCUCCCUCGUUGGGAUGGCAUCCAUUUACUGUACAGAGUCCGGAGCCUGGAGCCAUCCUUUUCCUGUCUGCCAAGUUGUGAAGUGUCUCCACCCUCCAGCUAUCACCAAUGGGAAGCUCCAAGGCAACACUUCAGACACUUUUUUCUAUGGAACAUCUGUGUCCUACAGCUGUGAUUCUGGCUAUUCACUCAGUGGGGAUGCUUUCAUCUCCUGCACAGCGUCAGGAACCUGGAGCCAUCCUCCUCCUCAAUGCAAAGAGAUCAGUUGUGUAUUCCCAGAAGUUCAAGGUGUUAAGAAAACUGCGUCUGGAAAAACAUACAGAAUUGGGACUAACAUCACUCUUGAAUGUGAUGAUGGGUACACGUUGGAAGGCCUCAGUCAGAUUCAGUGCCAGGAGGACUUCAGCUGGGACCCUCCUGUGCCAGCCUGUAAACUCACUUCACCCAGGUCUGGUUCAGUAGGGCUAGGAAUUGCAGCUGCAGUCGUUCUGCUUCUCCUGGGUGUGACCAUCGGCUGGAAAAUUAUCUCUAAGCAGAAGGAAGGCUUCUACCGCACGUAUGAAAACUACAACCACAAAACCUCUCUGGAUUAGAUGGCAGAACAGAAAUGUUCACGUCUUGCAUGGCAGGCUGAGCCCGGUGCUGCCCAUAACUGGCAUUCGAGGCGUUCCCCCACGUUAGGACUGAACCAAGAAAGCACUUCGACCCAAAUCAACCUUCAUGCUCCUCCUGCUCCAUUCAUUAAAGCACUGUAA